CCUUCUCCCCGCGCGCGGGGCGGCGGCGGCCGCCAUCUUGGCUGAGGGCAGACGCGGCUUCGCGCAGGCCCAGCCGGGCAGGGAGCGCGGAGGCGCCAUCUUGGCUGAGGGCACGGCCGCGGGGAACCGGGACUAGCGCAGAAUCCGUGCGGCCAUGGGGAGGAUCGGGCUGCAGCUCCGCGCCACGCUGGAGAACAUCACCCGGCUGCGGGCCGAGGGCGAGGACUUCCGAUGGUACCUCAAGCUGAAAUGUGGGAACUGCGGUGAAGUCUCCGAAAAGUGGCAGUACCUGCGGCUGAUGGACAGCGCUCCCCUGAAAGGCGGCCGAGGAAGCGCCACGAUGGUGCAGAAGUGCAAGCUGUGCUCCAGGGAGAACUCCAUCGAUAUUUUAAGUCAGACGAUCAAGCCUUACAAUGCUGAAGACAGCGAGAAAUUCAAAACAAUUGUGGAGUUUGAAUGCCGAGGUCUGGAACCAGUUGACUUUCAACCACAGGCAGGGUUUGCUGCUGAAGGCGCAGAAUCUGGCACACCUUUCAAUGACAUAAACUUGUUAGAAAAGGAUUGGAAUGACUAUGAUGAAAAAACAAAGGAAUCUGUUGGAAUCUAUGAAGUUACCCAUAAAUUUGUAAAAUGCUGAAGUUCAUACCCCUUACAAAUUAUGACAUGGUUAUUGAUGGAGAAGCUGUAAACAUCAGAUAUGCAACUUCUUGGAGUUACUUUUUUACAUGGCUGCACUUCAGAAAUGGAAGCCUAAGUUCACAGAAUCAUUUAGGUUGGAAAUGAUCUCCAAGAUUGAAUUCAACCUUUGACCGACAUUGCUGAGUUGUACUUUCCAUCCCCAGCAUGCCCUAAUAAAAUAUUUCCCGUGGA